AUGGUAUUUGGACAUUUUGUACAUGAGUUGAAAUCACUUGCUGGUGGAAAAGUUGUCAUUGUUCUUGAAGGUGGCUAUUUUGUAGAUAGUUUAGCUGAAGGAACAGUACACGUUUUAAAGGCAUUACUUGGCGAUCCAUUAUCACCCCUACAAUUGAUUCGACCACCAUGUUCAAGUGUUAAGCGUACAAUUAAAUCCUGCAUUGUGGCUUUACGUGAUCACUGGAAAAGUAUUGGAACCGCUGAUAUUUCUAAAAUCAUUCCACGACCAAGUUUACAACAUUUACCAAAUAUAUCAUGGUCACUUAUGAAAACUAUUGCCUGGCCUGAAACAAAUCCUCAACUGCCUAGAGUAUUAACAAAUCAUAUUCAACAAUUAUUAACUAAACACUUUCCUGCACCUUUAUCAAUACUGAACAAGCAUAGUCAAAGAGGUGAUCCACAGUUGACGCUAAUUCUAAUGCCAACAUCACCAUCGUUAUUAUCGCCAUCAUCAUCGUUAUCGACGCCUACAGCGUCAUCAUCGGCCUCCUUGUCAAGGUCAUCAUCGUUGACAACAUUAUCGUCAACAUCAUCGUCAUCAUCAUCGACGACCUCAAGUUUACCAGUUAGACGUAAAUCUGCAGGUGGAAAACGACUGCCCCACCAACAACAGCAAAAACAGCAACACAACCAAGAGAACAGAAGUUCUAUCCCUGAAAGCCUACUGAAGAAACUUCAUGGGAAAGUUCACAUCCAUUUCUAUAAUGACCCUGAUACAUCAGCAGUUGAUUACAUUUGUCCAGGGGAUGAAUUCAAUCCAACUAAAAAAUCUCGACUCAUUGAACCGGCUUCUUCAUCCAGUCAACAUUUAUCAUCUAGGAAGGGUGUCAAACAGCUUAAUAAUGCUGGAGAUGACAAAUGUGUCGGCAGUGUCAAGUCAAGGCAAGAAUUAAAGCGUAUUCAUGAAAAAUCAACUAAACGUGUAAAAAGUAUUUCAAUAGAAUUGAAAUGCAAUUGUACAUUUUAUCCAAUUACUUCUAAAGGUCAAAUUGGUAAAGAUACUACAGAAAGCAUAAAAAUGACUAUAAAAGAACCAUUUUUAAAUCUACAGACAGCAUUUACUCAAGCAUUGAUAUCAGUGUUCAUGGGAGAGUUUCACCGUCUUUAUAUUUCUGUUAAGUCGCUUAGCCUGUUGCAAUUCAUUAAUGCUAUCACAGACAUACCGAUACAUUUUUUAUCAAAUUAUCGUGAAAGAAUCUUUCGACCGCGUUACUUUCAAAUGAACAGUAAUAAAACUAAUACUAGUAAUAGUAACAACAGUAAUAGCAAGAAUGGUAUUAACAAUAAUAAUAAUGGUGAUCGUACUGCUGCUUACGUGAAUUCAUUUAAACAAUUGAAAAAUGAAUCACUGUUCAAUAUUCCAAUUGUGAAAGAUGAAAGUUUAAAACAAUUAGCCAAUGUUUAUUCGCCAGCAUCAUCAUCAUCUUCACCUUCAUCAUUGGAUUCUUUACCUCUGUCAACAGCUUCAAUGUCUCGAUCUCCUAAAGCUCUGUCAACACCAUCGAAAUUCAAGGGUAAAAGUAGAUUUACUGAUAGACAUACCUUAGAAAAAAUAAUUGGUUACAAUCUAAUAAAAUCUGAAGAUUUCUUCAUUAAACCAUGUCGUAUACUUGUCCUGGACUUAGCUGGUACAAAAGAAUUCAAUGAGAAAAAAAUCAAAGAAAUCAACACCUCGUUAUCAGGAGUAUCAUCGAAAAAUAUUCAAUGCGAUUUAAUUUGGUGUUCAGUUUAUCAUGGUGAAUUGGCAGACCGAUUGAUUAGAAAACCAGAUGAAUUACGUGCUAAAGAGUUAUGUAAUAGCAACAUUAAUUGUACUAGUAAGGCAGCAUCUGUGUCAAAUACAAAUCGUAUUAAUAAUUUAAUAUGGCUUAAAAUUCCUAUUCCAAGGACAACGGCGUCGACAACAACUGAAAAGACACAGGCGACACAGUCCAGUAACAAAAAACGCACAUCAUCAUCAUUAUCGUUACCACCAUCAACACAAGCACAAACACCUAGUUAUGCUACAAAUACAAUAAAUUUACUAUCUAUAAUCUAUCAUAUAUUUCUACCUAUUUCUUAUGAAUUUGGACCAGAUCUAGUCUAUUUAUUGAUUGGAUCUAAUGAAGAUGAUUAUAACUUCAUCACACCAGAUGCUUCAGCACGACUCCUGUAUCUGCUAAAUGGUUUAGGCGCUGCUGUCAUUGUCAGUGGAACCGCUCAACAAUUAUGUUCUGAUUCUCUUGUAAGAAGUCUACUUGGCAAGCCUUUACCAACUGGAUUCGAUGAAACACAAUCAACUUCACCAUCACCGGGUCAGAAACAAGAAAUGAAGUUAAUCAAUUAUGAAACAGUUCUAUCAAGUAUGCAGAAAACACAAUUGAAUUGUCUUGAACAAGACAGCAAUUAUAACAAUAAUAACAAAAAUAAUAUGACAAAUGACAGUCAAUUAGGUGAUAUCGUGUGUACAAAAUCCUCACCGACAGUAAAUGCAACAACUCCUAUAUCCUCUCCAAUGAAUUCAACACCUAUGCUAAAUACAACAACAACAAAAAUACCGGGAAUGUUAAAUGACGACGCUUCAUCGACAGUAUCAAAACUCCAUUCAACUUCACGUCCAAUUAUGGGUUUAAAUCGAUCUGUUCAAAUGAAAUCCAUUGGUAAUAAUAAUAACCAUGGUAACUUAUUAUAUCCUAUUACUUCUAUGAAUCAGAUGCCUACAACUACUACUACUGGGUCUAUUCAACAGUUACAACAUAAUCAACAAAACAAUAAUUUAUUAAAUCAGAUAACAUUGAAUGAAACAAUAAAUAAGGAUUACAAUACUACUAAUUUACUUCCUAAGACCAAUUCUUCAGAUCAGAUUAAUCCUGAUACAGGAAUCGGUGGCAGCACACCGAUGACAACACAAUCCACGUCAACAGCAACAGCAACAACCGGUGUAACAGAGACAAUCAAUACAUCAGGACAAAUCAAUUCUAAUGUUUAUGAUCUACCUGAACCAGAAUGGAUAACACAAACAUUGAAACAAUAUUAUGAAUAUAAUAUCCUUCAUAGUAAUAAACAGAAUAUUCCCUCAGGUUUUACAAUUGGAUCUUGUUCAUCAGCGACAACGACAACGACGAGUGGUGGAGGUACAGGUGCAGGUGGAGGUGGCGUACCCUUAGACUUUGAACAAUCUUUAUUUGAUCAUAUCAGUGCAGAAGAAAUGAUUCUAUUAGAAUCAAAUGAUCAUGAAACUGUUGAUGAUGAAAUGGCAAAAAAUUAUCUACCUAGUCAAUUUUCACCCAACGCUUUAUUAAUUCUCUUGGCCAGUUUGGCUAAUUCAUCACCAUAUCCACGUUUAUCUGAAGCAUUUCAAUGUGCUCAAUUGAUAUGGCGUCGUUUAUUAACAAAACUGGCACGUUAUCGUGCUGAUUGUUUAGUUCUGCAGGCUAAUUUAGCUGAGAUUAAAUCCAAUGCUGAUCAUAUGCAAUGUCAAUUGAAUCAAAUUGAAGCGAAUUGGUCAGUUAUUGUACGAGCUGUACAAAUGUCUGAAGCAGCUUUAGAAAUUAGUGAUUGUUUAAAUCAGUUGUAUUCAACUGAAUUAGCAGUAACAAUCUGUCGUCAAACACAAAAGCAUCUACUUCCAAAACAUCCAUUUUCAACAAUUUCAUCUUCAACAUCAUCUUCAUCAUUUCAUGGUUACAGUUCAGAAGAACAUGAUUUAUCAAAUCAUGGACAACCAAUUUUACCAAAUAAUUUUAAUUUAAAUACAUUGAAACUAUUUAGACAACAAGCUGAAUUCUUAGCCUAUACAGUAUUAGAUAAAUAUGAAACAUCCGAUGGUGGUUAUGAGAAGAUUCUACCAACGACGUGUAUGCCAAACAUGAUGAUGAUGAAUGCACCAACAAUGGCGACAACACCUUCAGUGGCAGGAGCAACUGCUGCUGCUGGUGGUGGCCUGUCUAACCCACGUGGAACUAUCGCUAAUCAUCAAUCCCAACAACAACAACAACAGCAUCCAUCUCAGUCUCCUGUUAGUCCAGGUGUCUUCUCCAUUCAAUCAGCUAUUACAUCAUCGAAUAGUUUAUUAGAUAAUAACAGUGUCUAUGCUAAUUCCUGGUAUGUUAGCCUGAAUCGUUCACGAGCUAAUGGUGAUCAUCAAUUCCGACAACAUCAACAUAAACAGCAACAACAACAACAGACAAAUGUGAAUGGUUCAUUCCCAUCAAUGAAUCAUCAAUUGCAACAACACGCUAUUCGAAUGAACAGCAUGAGCAAUAAUCCACAAAUGCGUACAUUUUUGAAAUCCUCAUAUUCUCCUCAUAUAAGUGCAAAUCAAACUAUGAGUAGUACAGGAGGGAAUACUGGUAAUGGGGGUGGUGGUGGAGGCUGGGAGACUCCAGAUUCAGGUGCUGGUAGCAGCAGUAUGAAUGAAGUCUCCUCACAACAACAACAACAACUCCUGCUUAGCCAACAAUCUCAACACCAUCAUCAACAGCCAUUUUUAAAUCCACCAUUUCUACUCUCCUCCUCUUCAUCUUCUUUAUUAUUUGGACAUUUUUAUCAAACUUAUGGCGUAAACAAUAAUAGUAAUAAUAAUAAUAAUAACAGUAAUGGUAGUAGUGGUAGUAAUAGUAAUAAUAAGUUGAAUAGUCAAUCCGAUCUAUUCCUGUUCAAUUCAUUAUUGGACAAUUUACCGCCAUUAUGGACAUUUUUAACGAAAUCGUCAGCGUCAUUCUAUGAAUCAGAUUUAGAUUCAUCAGAUUCAUCAGAUGCACUGGGGAACACAACACAUACUACUCAUCAUCAUCAUAAUAUAAGUAGUAGUCAACCUUCACACUGCCUUCAACAUCAACAACAGCACAAUCAAACGUCAAAUACUAAUACUAAUCCUCCAAAUCUGAGUACUACUCCUAAUAACAACAACACUAGCAGUUAUAUUCACUUAUCUAACUGGUCUAGAAUAGAAGAACGUAAAUUACGCACAAUUUAUUGUCAAUUAAUCAAUACUUAUAAACGUUUAAAAUCAAUGUUAAUUGAUUUGCCUAACUUAGAUAUGAGUAUGAAUCAUCAUGAAGGUGUACUGGAGACAUCAUCGUCGUUUAUCAGCAGUUAUCCUGAUGCUGAUUCAAACAAUCCUAUGAACAAGUUACUAUCACCAAUGACAAUACAACAACAAACUGACUCAGAUCGAAUGAGUCGUUUAAAUCAAUGGAAUUCCGCAUCAAUGAAUUCACUGCGCAAAUUACCAUUGGCAGUAUUCCUGGAGAAUUCAGUUCUACUGCAGGAAUUAUGUUGUGUUAAAGAAGAAUGCGCAGAUCUUAAAGUUCGUGUAUAUCUUCUUGAAAAAGAACUUUGUGCUAAUCGUUUAACGCUAGAAAGUCGUGCUGCAGCUGAACGUGCACUACGUGCUCAUCUUGAUGCAUUGAUCACUGAACAACAUAAUCGAUAUUCGCAGACGUUAUUAACAAAUGAUAAACAAAAAGACAAUUCGACUACAACAACAACAGCAGCAGUGGGAAUUAAUCAACACGAAAUAGUCUUAUUACGUGGUCAAGUCAAGGUAAGAAGAAGUUUAAUUUGGUGUUCAGUUUAUCAUGGUGAAUUGGCGGACCAAUUGAUUAGAAAACCGGAUGAAUUACGUGCUAAAGAGUUAUGUAAUAGCAACAUUAAUUGUACUAGUAAGGCAGCAUCUGUAUCAAAUACAAAUCGUAUUAAUAAUUUAAUAUGGCUUAAAAUUCCUAUUCCAAGGACAACGGCGUCGACAACAACUGAAAAGACACAGGCGACACAGUCCAGUAACAAAAAACGCACAUCAUCAUUACCAUCAUCAUCAUCGUCACCACCAUUAACACAAUCACAAACACCUAGUUAUGCUACAAAUACAAUAAAUUUACUAUCUAUAAUCUAUCAUAUAUUUCUGCCUAUUUCUUAUGAAUUUGGACCAGAUCUAGUCUAUUUAUUGAUUGGAUCUAAUGAAGAUGAUUAUAACUUCAUCACACCAGAUACUUCAGCACGACUCCUGUAUCUGCUAAAUGGUUUAGGCGCUGCUGUCAUUGUCAGUGGAACCGCUCAACAAUUAUGUUCAGAUUCUCUUGUAAGAAGUCUUCUAGGCAAACCUUUACCAACUGGAUUCAAUGAAACACAAUCAACUUCACCAUCACCGGGAGUGAAACAAGCUAUUCAUCUUGUCAUGGAACAAAAUCAUCAAAGAUGGAAAUUUUUAAAAUUUUGUGGAAGUUUACCAAAAUGGACUUAA